GCAAUCGUGCCGUCGGAGUUUAACAUUUCUUGCGGUACUUCUGUAAUAUUUAGUUUUUGGCUUAAAAAAAAAAAAUACUCCCUAAAAUAAUACAUAAAUCUGAAGAUGGCUUCCACAGGAUGGAGGGUUGUGCUUACAAUUUCAGCCUUAGCUUCAAUCGUGAACUGGGCGUCGGCAAAGACAGGACCUACACAUGGCAAAGUGGUGGUGUGUUAUAUUUCGACAUGGGCUGUGUAUCGGCCUGGUAAUGGCGCAUAUGCGAUCGAUAAUUUCGAUCCGAAUCUGUGUACACACGUAGUCUAUGCCUUUGCCGGUCUGGAUAUCACACAAUCGGCCAUUAAAUCUUUGGACCCUUGGCAAGAUUUAAAAGAAGAUUACGGCAAAGGCGGUUUCGAACACCUAACCGGUUUCAAAAUCACACAUCCACACCUCAAAGUGAGCUUGGCUAUAGGCGGCUGGAAUGAAGGCUCCAAAAAUUACUCUUUGUUGGUGGCCGAUGCGGAACAACGCGGCCGUUUCGUCAAACAGGUCACCACGUUCAUACGUCGUUAUAAUUUCGAUGGUCUCGAUCUCGAUUGGGAAUAUCCCACACAACGUGGCGGCCGUCCACAAGAUCGUGAAAAUUUUGUGCAAUUCACGAAGGAACUGAGAGAUGAGUUUGAUAAGUAUAAUUUGUUGUUGACCUCGGCAAUCGGUGCAGCCAAGAAUGUUAUUGACCAGGCAUACGAUGUACGUCAAAUUUCACGAUAUCUAGACUACUUACACAUUAUGUGUUACGACUAUCAUGGCAGCUGGGAUAAACAAGUCGGCUUUAAUGCACCACUCACGGCUCCCGAAGGUGAUACGCUGAGCGUGCAAUACACCAUCGAUUACCUCUUGAAAUUGGGUGCGCCGCCGAACAAAAUUGUUUUAGGUUUGCCAUUUUAUGGCCGUACCUUUCGAACACCCCGAGAUGGCAACGUUGGUGAUCCUACCGACGGCAUAGCUUUUCAGGGACCCUUCACACGGGAAGAAGGCUUUCUUGGCUACAAUGAAAUCUGCAGCAUACUGAGCAAUAGGACUUCAGGUUGGAGCACCGUUUGGGAUGCGAAAACUUCACAAAUGCUAGCGCGCUCCGAGCGUGACGUCUUCAGCGGCCUAGUACAAGUAGUGACAUUCGAUAAUGGCCGCUCUAUUGCAAAUAAGGUGAAGUACGCCGUUGAGAAAAAACUUGCUGGUACCAUGAUAUGGUCCAUAGACACUGAUGACUUUCGCGGCGUUUGCAAACCAGAGGAUGACAUUUAUGCAGAUUACAAAUAUCUGCAAAGCAAUGGCCAUGCAAUUAUGCCAAAACGUAUAAAUUCAAACUAUCCGCUGCUGCGAACGAUUAACGAAGCCACAACAUUGGCAUUGGAGGAGAUCGAGCAAAGUAUCGAAGAUAAUGAGAUACCGCAUGGCAACAUAGAGGAUCGAAAGAAUAGCAAUGGCGGUGCAGAAGUGCUGCUGCAAACAGGGCUGCUUGCUUUCAAUGCGUUUUUUUUUUGUCUUUUUUACAUAGAAUUUUAAAUGAGUAAUUGUGUCUGUACUUACUAAGAAAUGGUAAUACUUUGUACUUUAUUUAAUUUUGGCAAGAAAGUUCAAGUUCAUAAUGUCAAGUUACAUCACACACAUCGAAAUUGCUAGCAUCUCAAAA